AUGGUGUAUCUCAGCACCAGCGAUGAAUGGCAGCGCCAGUCAUCACUUCUGCUCCAAGCCCGGCCUACUACGGUUCGUACAACGAUCAUCGACUUACAGGGGACAUUUCUGAUUCCUACUACAGACACGAAUCACCACGAAAUACAACAUCCCCAAUCUCGAUUCACCCAGAUACCAGAAAGCAUUAAAGAGAAAACGGAAAGAAGAGAAUGAGGAGAAGGACAAGGAUGCCGCAGCCGCGCCUAAAGUCCCACGAGCAACGCUCACUCUGAAGACAUUCGAUCCAGAGUCCGGUGUGACAUUGAAAUUCAAGACAGACCGAGCCGCAGAAGUCGGACGCUUGAUCACGGGACUGGGGCGUGUAGGCAGACAUAUGGCUGCUCUGCCCGAGAAAGAAGAAGGUGCGUAUCGAGACACGGAUAAGACGAACACAGGCUAAUAGUGGUGUAGCCCAAGACAUGCCUACAGAAGAUGUCGCAGCGCCAGAGCAGACCACGACUGCUUCAAAGGACACUGCACCGGCCGUCCCAGCCGAUUCCAAGCCACAGCAAGGCGCUGGAGGCGGCAAGAAGAAAAAGAAGAAUAAGAAAUGA